CCAGAGUUUAAUAAAACGAUUUCCACCCUCUAAAGAAAAAAAAAACAUCUUUUUCAACGACACUCAUUUUAUUCUCGAUAGAAAAAAGGAGGGGUGUAAGAAAAAGGCUAUCUAGAAAAAAGUUGAAAAGACUGAUCUGAAAAGAAGUUGUGAACUGCUGGUUUAAGUGCAGAUGAUUCUUCAAAAAAUGUGACAUUCAAAAAAUUCAAGAAGGGAACUUUGAGAAACUCUUUUCUCCUUAUAACGUACAGAACAAGCUUCUCAUUGGAGAGUGUUCAUUUCAUGGAAAAAUUAUACUAUUUGGUUUUAUAUAUUUCAACCUUUGCUUGAAAAAAAACUAUCUCCGUCAAAAAAGUAAUUCUCCAAAUACAUAGAUUGCAUUUACGGCAAUUUGAAAGAAAAAAGAAAUAUAUGAACAUUCAGUAACAAUUAUAUAUUGAAAAAAAAAAGUUAACAAACCAAUAAAAUAAUGGGAAAAAAGAAAAGGCUUCAAAAUACAACUACUAGAAAAGAUAAUCAAACUGAUCAUGAUAAGUCUGUCAAAAAUAUUGAUGAAUCACUUUCUGUUGGAAAUAUACCAGAAACACACGGCAGUAGUUCUGAAAUUCCGUCAACAUCGUUUCAUGAAAACAGCAAGGAAACAGUUGAGGAGGAAAAAAGUGAAAGCAUAUUUCAUGUAAAGGGUGACACACAAGCCCCACCUGACUUUUCAAUUCUAUUUAAACAGUUUAAAAGCUUAGGUGUGAGCAAAAGAGAUAAGAAGAGACAAGCUGAGUCGGCUUACCAAUUAGAGUCUUAUGAUUAUGAGGAAAAGGACAUGCCAAGCUAUGACUCUGAAACAAGUGACGACUAUGACUCUGACUAUGAAAAUAGCUUUGACGAAGGUGUCAGGCCAAAUGAUUGCUUGGAUUAUGUUGACAAAACUGAGGAUCAAAAUACUAUAGAACUAUAUAGUGACGAUAGAACGGAAUUCAUAAUAAUAAAAAAUAAACAAGGCAAAAUGUACUAUUCGGGGGAACUUCAGUUGAAUAUUUUUGAUUCAAGCAGUAAAUUAUCUUUCGGGAGUAUUGGUAACGAGAACUUACUGCAAGUUGACUCUGUUGAUCAUGAUCAAUUUUUUGGGGGAAUGAAUAUUGUUGAGGGUGAUGAAUUAACUCUGGACAAUUCUUUUGAUUUUAAUAAGGGACUAUUUUUAGAAAGAGCCACAAUUACUUGCUGUAUUUAUGAUUUGCUUUUAUACAGAAGAAAUAUAGCUCGAAAAAGAUUUCUGAAAUUAUUGAAUGAUAGUUACAAAAACAUUUCAAAGGAUCUUGUUUGCGCAGAAGAUUUUUAUCAACUUCUGUUGUUGGAAAAAUCCCACAAUUUAUCAUUCGAAAAUCCAGAAACAUUACUUACCGAAAUAACUCAACAUGAACUUUUGUCGUCUAAGAUAAAACUUCAGGCAGGAAAUUUGAUUGAAGCAGAAAGAAAACUUUGCAAUAGGAAUCAGUUAUUUCCAAAAUUUAGAGAUUCAUCAGAUGUUAAUAUGCCUGAUUUAUUUAGAAGCUUGCAAAAGAUUUGUAAAACUGGAAUAGAAAGGCACAGACAAAAUUUAUUGGCUAAAUGUCCGAACACAAAUUUCAAUCUUGUAUGUCUUAUUAAAACUAUAAACCACCUACCACGAAGCAAAUUGCUCUAUAUCCAAGAAAAUGACAUCUCUUUGUUUACAGAAUUAAUUGAAUUAACGAGUGAAAAAAGUAAUUUAGGUAAUAAAAUGUUUCCAGUAACAUUUGUUGAAAAUGUAUGGAAUAAGUUUUACAAAAAAAUCGAAGAAUCAAACAGAAUUUCGCUAAAACUAUUUAUACCCAUAACAAAUGGUAUUUAUUAUUUCCUGUUAAAGAGUUUCCGAUGCGUGAUUGAAGAAAUAGUUGUUUGCAAGAAACAAACAUCAGCCAGUGAGUUGAUUUUUUUCAAAGAAGGGGAACUUUCCAUUGUUGACGCCAUUUCAUGGAGUUCUAGUAAACUUUAUCACGAAUCCCUCGAAAAACAAUAUCAAUUAAUAUUUAAUCUUGUGAAGCAUUUCGAACCCGGUUUUUAUACGUCAGAAAAUAAAUUUAGUUACACUUUUAAGUUGUUGAAAGAAAAGGACAUUUCGACACCUGGCAAUGAAAUAAGAUUUACAUGCAUCUCUGAAGAACGUCUUACCUGGCUGUAUAUUGUGGACUGUGCCCUUGCUCCUAUCUUAUGCGACAAGUCGAAUGCUCGUUUCAAGAAAUUGUCAUCAUCUGUGCUGGCCGGCUUUGUAAAUUUCAUUCAAGUGACUGAACAAGACCGUCAAGAAUCAUUUCGUGUCGCUACUCAAAACAUUAUAAAAUUCAUUUCCCAAACGUAUCCUUACUUCUCUGCAACCAGUUCUACCCUAACGGAUAUCGAUAGUAGUAUUUUAACUAGGCAAAUUGGCGUUAUAAAGGGUGUUCUUCGCUCUGACGAUGACGAUUCUCUGUUACACCACUUCUCUAACUUGCUGGAUAUAUACAACGAAUACUGGAAACACAGACGCUCAAUUGUUGGAAAACUUCCAAUACCUUGCAGUAUAUUUAAAUCUGAUGUGGAAUCCGUGAUGAAAAAACUGUUGGAAAUAGUUCAUAAAGCUUGUUUAAGAGAGUUCGGAGAAAUCUUCAUGAUUAAAUUUUUGAGAAUGUACAACGAAUUUUUGAAGCACUUAAAAGGAAUUAAUUUUACAUGGUUUAUUCCUAAGAUUUCAUAUUUUAAGGAGUUAGAUGGAAUUGUCGAGGAGGUGACGAGAGGCAACAUUACAGCGUACAAAAUUAAAGAACCUGAAAGAUUCAUUGAAAAACUCGAGAAAAAACAAGGAGAACCUCCUAAGCAUUUUGUGAUUGAAACGAUAAAAAAGUUAUUGGAUAUUAUAAUAUUGUUAUUUAAUAAAGCAGAUUGGAGUGAUGAAGAUUGCGUCAAAUCGGUGGGGGAUUUGUUACUCGCCAUUGGGCAUUCAUUUACUCAUUUCGAAGAUCAAACUGACUACACUGAUCUGGAACACUUCGUAAGAGACUGUACUCUACCAUUUCAAUGCGUCGUAGAAAACUGCAAAGAUUAUUCGGAUUUUAAAAAAUCUCUUGACAGCGUUGAGAAUUUCUACCUGAAUUCUCGCAAACAAAAUCAGAUUGGGAUACAGCAAGCUUUAAAGUUUUGCGAACGAGAGGUGAGUAGAGCAGCAGGAAAAAAUGAGUUUAAAAUAAAAAUGAACAGAAACAUACUAGAAGCCUGUUACAACCGUUAUACGAAAAAGAUGGCAUCUUUGGAAAAUUUAGAAAUCGCUGAAAUUUUGAAAGAGCUUAAGAAAGAACUUGGAAAAAUGCAAAAACUGCCUUUUCAAAAAUGGACUCCUAAAUUUAAACAAAACGUUCUACCUGUUUUAUUGGCUUACUUAGCUUCAGUUUGGUCUUUUCAAGAAUCCAAAGAUGUUGCAAUCAUAAAGAAAAGAAUAGAACCACAUUGUGUUCAAAUUUUGUGCAUACUGAGACUUUUGGGUGUUGACCACGAGGCUACUGGAGUGCCAAAACACUUUGCUCAGGUUUUAACAGGUCAAGGAAAAUCACUUAUUUUGGGUCUCAGUUCUGCUUUAAUAGCUUUGACAGGAAAUGAAGCAUUUGUAGUAUGCUACAGUGAGUUGUUAGCAAAGCGUGAUGAAAAAGAUUUCGAUACCUUUUUUUCUAUUUUUAGUCAAUUUGAUUUAAAGUCUAAAAUAAGUUAUAAUACUUUUGACGACAUGGCUCAAAAAACAUUGACUCGUAAGGAUAACGGAAUUGAAAGAUCAUUGAAUUCUAUUACAAAUGAUUUUGUUUUAAAUAAUCUUAAUUAUAAAGUAGUGGAUAAUAAUAACGAUUUUAAAAGAACGGUUCUUUUAAUUGAUGAGGCUGAUGUAUUUUUCUCAAAAGAUUUUUACGGUAAUACUUAUAAUCCUGUCGUAUUUUUAGAAAUGAAAGAGCUAUUAGAAAUUCAGCCGAAGAUUUGGAAAAUUGUUGAAAGUGGUAUUACUGAGAGAGACACGGUGGUGAGAAAAAUUAGGGAGUUUAUCAAUGAACGCAUAAAAUGUGAAAAGUACGGUGAGUUCGGUACGUUUUUAAAAAGUACCACUGAUCUGUUUGAAAAUAAUCUAAAAGAGAUGGUUGACGACGCAAUAUCCGUCUCGAAAAGCAGCGCAAAUAAAGUGAUUGACGAAACAUACAAAAUUAAUAAAGAUGGAUUCAUUUCUUACCGAGAUUCUUCUCUUAUUUACCAUACAAAUAUAUUCGUCCGAUAUAAGAACGUGUUCAAUUAUUUCAGAUUGAAAAAAAACAAUUAUGAACAUAAAAAUUAUAGCAAUUAUGGUUACUUGUCAGUGAAAAUGGGCUCCAUUUCUUACGCAAAUUUACCUUCGAGUUAUGAAAACAUCCUUGGUGUGAGUGGCACGCUAAUGACUCUAAAUGAAUCUGAAAGAAACGCAAUGAUUAAGUAUGGAAUUCAGACCAUGUCUGCAAUGCCAUCUUUCUACGGAGAGCGAAAACUAAUCUUCGAACCCUCGAAAGACGUUUAUAUUCUGGACACGCAAGACAGUUGGCUUUCUUUCGUAUUCGAUGCUGUUAAAAAUGUUCACCAUAAUCGCGCAGUCUUAGUUUUCGUCGAAACCGAUAUCGAAAUGCAAUUAUUCGCUGAGAAAUGUAAAAAUAAUAUCAACCGCCUCCACACGCUAACAGGAAAUGAAGAUUCUGAAACAUUUGAAUGGCGUGUAAACGAGGCAGGUAUUGCACACACUGUGACCCUCGCCACCAAAACCAUGGGUCGGGGAAUCGACUACAAGUCAAACGACCGCAGCGUGGAAGAAAAGGGAGGUAUUCAUGUCAUUCAAACGUUCUUUUCUUUGGAUGAAAAGGAAGAGAUACAGAUCAAAGGCAGAACAGCGCGGAAAGACAAUAAUGGUACUUACCAAUUGAUCUUAUGCAAGGAGCAUUUGAAAAGUUUGAAUUGUUCAGAUACCGAUGCUGGUAAACCAAUUAACACUUACGCCGAGCUGUGUGAUGCCAGAAAGAAAAUAGCCAGUGAUAAUGGUAAUGCUGUUGAAGAGCGCAUUGAAAGAUCCGGAAAGAAACACAAAAUGACUAUGGAAUAUUUCGAAUCCCUUGCUAAUUAUACUCCAGAAAAACGAAGCGCAAUUUUAUCUAAAUAUCCCUUUGUAGAGCAUAAUUAAUUUAUUGUUAUAAUCAGUAUUAAAUAUAACAAGAUCGUGUGUCCUGAUGUUUAGAAUAUGAUUGACCUAAUUGUCAUGCUACUCAUGUUUUUAAAAUUAAUAACAAGACUACUAGGUCAGAUAAUUUUACAAUGCUUAUUUCCAUUGUUUUAUUAAUUAUUUAUUUAAAUUAUUAUUUAAUGUUAUUUAUUAAGUUACAUGAAUUAAGUUAUUUUGUAAAUUGAGAUAAAUAUUGAAUAUAAUUUAUUUUAAUUUUUUCAAGUUUUAAUUUGAUCAAAUCUGUUAGAUUCUGAUUUGAUCCGUUAUUAUAGUUGAUAAAGUCCGAAUUGUUGUCAUUGUCCUUUUGACUUGUAUUACUAUACUUGUACUUUUAUUAUGCAUACAAUUUAAAUGUAUACACAUACAAUUA